AUGAGGACGAAGCACUACGAAGAACUACUACGGGGACAAGAAACUACUACGGGGACGAAGAACUAUCACGAAACAAGGAACUGCCACAGGGACAAGGAACUACCACAGAGACGAAGAACUACUACAGGGACGAGGAACUACCACAGAGAUGAGGAACUAUUACAGGAUGAAGAAAUACAAUACCACGAGGAUGAAACCACGAAGAUGAAGCACUACUACAAAAAUCCAAAUUCACACCACAGAUUAAGACUGAAGUACCUCAUGAAGUACCAAAUACCGCAUGAAGUACUACCUCAAGGCGUUACCUCAAAA